AUGGAGCCGGACGCCGCAGCAGAGGCAGCCACCGUGGCAGCCGUGGAUACGACCGCCACCGUCGUGAUCGUGGAAGAGGACGAGCAGCCGGGGCCGUCCACCUUUGAGGAGGGAGCCGCCGCCGCCGCUGCCGCUGGCGCUUCCACCGAAGCCACCGAAGCCACCGCCGCCACCGAGAAGGGCGAGAAGAAGAAGGAGAAAAACAUUUCUCCUUUCCAACUCAAGCUUGGCAUGAAAGCUAAGUCUGAGAAAGAAAUGGACCCAGAGUAUGAAGAGAAAAUGAAAGCAGACAGAGCAAAGAGAUUUGAAUUUUUACUGAAGCAGACAGAACUUUUUGCACACUUCAUUCAACCAUCAGCGCAGAAAUCUCCAACAUCUCCUCUGAACAUGAAAUUGGGACGCCCUCGAAUAAAGAAAGAUGAGAAGCAGAAUUUAAUUUCCGCUGGAGAUUAUCGCCACAGGCGGACGGAACAAGAAGAGGAUGAAGAGCUCCUGUCAGAGAGCCGGAAAACAUCGCAUGUGUGUGUGAGGUUCGAGGUGUCCCCUUCCUAUGUGAAAGGAGGACCGCUGAGAGAUUAUCAGAUUCGAGGACUCAACUGGCUGAUCUCGCUGUAUGAAAAUGGAGUCAAUGGCAUUUUGGCAGAUGAAAUGGGUCUUGGUAAGACUUUACAAACCAUUGCUUUGCUUGGUUACCUGAAACACUACCGAAACCUGCCUGGACCUCACAUGGUUUUAGUUCCAAAGUCUACUUUACAUAACUGGAUGAAUGAAUUUAAACGAUGGGUUCCAUCGCUGCGUGUUAUUUGUUUCGUUGGCGACAAGGAUGCAAGAGCUGCUUUUAUUCGCGACGAAAUGAUGCCAGGAGAGUGGGACGUUUGUGUCACUUCUUAUGAGAUGGUUAUUAAAGAGAAAUCUGUGUUCAAAAAGUUUCAUUGGCGCUACCUAGUCAUUGAUGAAGCUCACCGAAUAAAAAAUGAAAAAUCCAAGCUUUCAGAGAUAGUUCGUGAAUUCAAGUCAACCAACCGUUUGCUCCUAACUGGAACACCUUUGCAGAAUAACCUGCAUGAACUCUGGGCAUUACUCAACUUCCUAUUGCCAGAUGUCUUUAAUUCUGCAGAUGACUUUGAUUCUUGGUUUGAUACCAAAAAUUGUCUUGGUGAUCAAAAACUUGUGGAAAGACUUCAUUCAGUUUUAAAACCAUUUUUGUUGCGUCGUAUAAAAACUGAUGUAGAGAAGAGUUUGCCUCCAAAAAAGGAAAUAAAAAUUUACUUGGGAUUGAGUAAGAUGCAGCGAGAAUGGUAUACGAAAAUCCUGAUGAAAGAUAUUGAUGUUUUAAACUCUGCUGGCAAGAUGGACAAGAUGCGACUCUUAAACAUUCUCAUGCAGCUUCGCAAGUGUUGUAAUCAUCCGUACCUGUUUGAUGGAGCUGAGCCUGGUCCGCCUUAUACCACUGAUGAGCAUAUUGUCAGCAACAGUGGGAAAAUGCUAGUUCUAGAUAAGCUUUUGGCCAAACUCAAAGAACAGGGUUCAAGGGUUCUCAUUUUCAGCCAGAUGACUCGCUUGCUGGACAUUUUGGAGGAUUAUUGUAUGUGGCGUGGAUAUGAGUAUUGUCGGCUGGAUGGACAAACCCCACAUGAAGAAAGAGAGGAUAAAUUCCUAGAAGUGGAAUUACGGGGUCAAAGGGAAGCAAUAGAGGCUUUUAAUGCUCCUAAUAGUAGCAAAUUCAUCUUUAUGCUGAGUACCAGGGCUGGAGGUCUUGGAAUUAACUUGGCAAGUGCUGAUGUGGUUAUACUGUAUGAUUCAGACUGGAAUCCACAGGUUGAUCUUCAAGCUAUGGAUCGAGCUCAUCGCAUUGGUCAGAAGAAGCCAGUACGCGUGUUCCGCCUCAUCACUGACAACACUGUGGAAGAAAGGAUUGUGGAAAGAGCUGAGAUAAAACUGAGACUUGAUUCAAUUGUCAUACAACAAGGAAGACUCAUUGACCAACAGUCCAAUAAACUGGCAAAAGAUGAAAUGUUACAGAUGAUACGCCAUGGAGCCACACAUGUGUUUGCUUCCAAAGAGAGUGAGCUGACAGAUGAAGAUAUUACAACCAUUCUCGAAAGGGGAGAAAAGAAGACUGCAGAGAUGAAUGAACGCUUGAAGAAAAUGGGAGAGACUUCCCUGAGAAACUUUCGAAUGGAUGUUGAACAAAGUUUGUACAAGUUUGAAGGAGAAGAUUAUAGAGAAAAACAAAAGCUUGGCAUGGUGGAAUGGAUUGAACCUCCUAAACGAGAACGCAAAGCAAACUACGCAGUGGAUGCUUACUUUAGAGAGGCUCUGCGUGUCAGUGAGCCGAAGAUCCCAAAGGCUCCACGUCCUCCAAAGCAGCCAAAUGUUCAGGACUUUCAAUUUUUCCCACCACGUUUAUUUGAACUUUUGGAAAAAGAAAUUCUUUAUUAUCGAAAGACAAUAGGCUAUAAGGUUCCCAGGAAUCCCGAUAUCCCAAAUCCAGCUCUGGCUCAAAGAGAAGAGCAAAGAAAGAUCGAUGGAGCUGAAACUCUUACACAAGAGGAGACUGAAGAAAAGGAAAAGCUUCUCACACAAGGUUUUACGAACUGGACUAAGCGAGAUUUUAACCAGUUUAUUAAAGCGAAUGAAAAGUACGGAAGAGAUGACAUUGAUAAUAUAGCUCGGGAGGUGGAGGGAAAGUCCCCUGAGGAAGUCAUGGAAUAUUCAGCUGUGUUUUGGGAACGUUGCAAUGAGUUGCAGGAUAUUGAGAAAAUUAUGGCUCAAAUUGAACGUGGAGAAGCAAGAAUUCAGCGAAGGAUCAGUAUCAAAAAAGCCCUGGAUGCUAAAAUUGCAAGAUACAAGGCUCCAUUUCAUCAGUUACGCAUUCAGUACGGAACCAGUAAAGGGAAGAACUAUACUGAGGAAGAAGAUAGAUUCUUGAUUUGUAUGUUACACAAAAUGGGUUUUGAUAGAGAAAAUGUGUAUGAAGAACUAAGACAGUGCGUCCGGAAUGCUCCCCAGUUCAGAUUUGACUGGUUUAUCAAGUCUAGAACUGCAAUGGAAUUCCAGAGACGCUGCAACACUCUGAUUUCAUUGAUUGAGAAAGAAAACAUGGAGAUUGAGGAAAGAGAGAGGGCAGAAAAGAAGAAACGGGCAACUAAAACUCCAAUGUCACAGAAAAGAAAAGCAGAGUCAGCUACUGAGAGCUCUGGAAAGAAGGAUGUCAAGAAGGUGAAAUCCUAAAGCCUAGAAAUAAAGUUUUAAGUGGGAAACUGCUAUUUUCUUGUUCCCCUCUUCAAAUGCUAAUUGCCAGUUCCAGUGUAUUUAUGGUACUCUGAGAAAAAAAAUCUCUUUGGUUUUGAUUUCUUGCAUAUUUUAUAUAUUUUACAAUGCUUUCUACCUGAAAUGUGUAGCUUUAUAUUUUAUGCAUUGUAGUAUUUUUGUGUACUGUAUUUUGUGCAUUUCAUGUUUUCAUCCAAAUCUGCUCAGUCCUUGUUUUUUUGAAGCUUGUGCUGAGGUUUUAGCUUUUCUAUGUUUUAUAUGCCGCUGCUUUGAAAGAGAACCUAGAUUCUAUAGCUGUAUUAUUGUUGUUUCAUACUUUAAAUUUAUAUGGCUGUGGAAAAAUGAAUUAAAGUGAUUUGAGGAGAAAGACUUUUUCACUUCUUUGUUGCUUUCUUUUCUAUUGAGUCUGGGCUUGUAUGUGUUGCUGCAUACUGUGAUUAGCAUAAUAAUUGUUUCUUUGAGGUUAUCUAAAUAUUUUUUUUUCCUAACGGAAUAAAGGGUGAGAAAAGAAUUAUUAAAAAAAAAAAAGCUCAUAUUUGAUACUGUGCUUGCUGUCAGUAUGCAUUACAUUUAAAUUAUUCUCUAAAUAUUCAAGUGGGAAAAUAUAAUAAAGAAAUAU